GUUAAUGGGCGGGGCUUAUGACUACACUUAAGUGUUCAGAGGUUCCUUGGUGAAGAGAAACAAUGGCGAGCAAAGUGAAAGAUCAAACUUCAGGUCAGAACACAACUGAUCUGGACUCAGCACCUGUUACUGCUGCAGGGCGGGAAGCAGGUCAGAUGGAGACAGACGCUCGGUAUCGCAGCGUUUGUAAAAUCGACCCACAUGAGGAGUACAACAUGAAGCACAAACGCAGAGGUCUGGCUCUCAUCUUUAACCAGGAGAACUUUUACUGGCAUCUCCGGUUGCCCUCUCGAAACGGAACCACUGCAGACAGGGACAACCUCAAACGCAGGUUCGAGCAGCUGGACUUUGAGGUGAAGGCUUACACUGAUAAGAAACAGGAAGAGAUUAUGGACAUCAUCACUGAAGCUGCUAAAGCUAAUCAUACAGAUGCUGACUGCUUCGUCUGCGUGUUCCUGAGCCAUGGUGAAAACGGACACGUUUACGCCUACGAUGGCCAGAUCCAAAUCAAGGAAGUGACGGCUCUCUUCAGAGGAGACAACUGUCGGAGUCUGGUGGGGAAACCGAAGAUCUUCCUCCUGCAGGCGUGUCGUGGGGACAAACACGAUGAUCCGGUCACCCCCAUGGACGCGGUGGACAGUGCGGUCAAUCAGGUGGUCGUGGACGCCUGUGGGGUUCAGACUCUGCCCGCAGGAGCCGACUUCCUCAUGUGUUACUCGGUGGCUGAGGGUUUCUACUCACACAGGGAGACUGUGAACGGUUCCUGGUUUGUUCAGGACCUGUGUGAGCUUGUGCAGCAGUACGGCUCCACGCUGGAGUUCACAGAGCUGCUCACACUCGUCAACCGCAAAGUGUCUUACCGCAGUGUGCAAAACAGCAGAGACCUCUCAGCGAUCGGGAAGAAACAGGUGCCCUGCUUCGCCUCCAUGCUCACCAAGAAGCUCUACUUCAGGCCCAAGAAAGGAGACUAUGUGUAAACACUCUAUGUGUAAACAUCACACACACACACACACACACACAGUGGCAGGGAUAAAGCCAUGACGAGGUUUAUGACAGACAGAGAGGUGCAGAUGAACAGCCAUGUCUUUUACAAAAGUUAUAUUCAUGCUCAAAAACUAAUAAAAUUAAAACUAAUUUUAGGAUAUUAAUAAAAAUAAAGGGCUUGUGUGGGGAACCAAUAAAAAUGGUACAAUAUCUCAGGCUUGCAUGGAAAAUGUCUUCGUAAUAGAGCAUUAAAUCGGUGGCUUAUAUAUAACCUUAUAUCAGGAACUCAGUAGUGUAGGAUUCUGUCAGGGAAAUGUGAAAACGGAGGGGUGUUAAAAGGGGACCAGUGACAGGAAGUGGUCAGGAAGAAACCAGUUUUUUUACAUGGCUGUUCUGUUGAGGACCAAAUGAAAAGGUGAUAUCAGGUAAAUAACUAAAAUAGUUAAUUUUAUACAUCAUUUUUGGAUACAAAGGCGUUUGCCAAAUACUGUAAAUGUAAAUAGAAUUUCAGGGACUUAUCCAACAAAGUCAGGAGUCAAAUAUAAAUAUCGAACUAUCUUAGGGAUACACGAAAAAAAUGGUUAGGUCAAAGGUCCAGUUAAUUCACAGGUUCAGACCUGCACUGGUCUCAGCAGCAGAACCUCUCCUUUCCUUCAGGUGCUGUGGGUUCUGUAGUCAUUAUACUGUAUGAUACUGUCGGAACGCUGCAGAUGUUUGUUUCACUUUCUUCAUCCACACAUUGUGAAUCUCCAUGACAUUCAUGUUAGUAACGUAUGAGCACGUAGCUGGAUUUACAAGCUGUUACCAGUUAGACCAGUUAGACCAGUCAGGAAAGAGCACACAGAUGUACUGGGGGUUUCCCUGGCAUUGAGAAUACGUCAAAAUCACAGCACAAAACUUUGGUUUGUUGAUGAUAAAAACUAAUUUAUGGUACAUACAUUACAUAUGGAAACAGAGCCGUACCUGUACAACACCUUUACUUUGGGGACAACACAAAAAAUACCUCAAACUAGUAAUACAUUGUGUGUUUGUCCAGGUGAUCCUGAUCUGAUCCGAUUAUUAAACACACACACACACACACACACUGUGUGAAACACUACUCCUAAUGUUCUACCUUGGGAUUAAAGCUUUUCUCAGAUCAGAUGUAAACACUGUGGACUUUUCCGUUAGCUCUAAUCUGUGUGAAGUGACACGUCAACACUCUUGUGCUGUUACGGUGACAGAGACCCUACAUUUGGGACGUUUCCAUGCUGUAUUUUUUAUAUCUGAUUAUUUGUUCGUGUCUGAUUUGUCUUCACCUGUCAGAUCUCUGGUGGUGGGUCUGGACUUUAUAUCACACCUUUAUACACAAUUUAAGAGAAAUUUUUUUAAUUCAUUUGGGAUGAUAGAUGUUAAGAAUCAGUCUUUUAUUCAUUUUGUUUGUGGCUGUGUGAGUAAUAAAAGAAUAAAAAAUCA